UUCACCCCCCCCCCUCAGCUCACAGUCCUUUUCAAAUGUUCUACCUUCCCGCCGGAAUAAUGCUGUCAGUGGAUGUACUCUUGUCGUUUUUGGAUAACGAAACACGUCCGAGUGGGUCGGACGAGGAAGCUUGAAAGGGCGGCCGUGUAACGGAACAGUUCUGUCCGAGGCUCUGGUCCGCCGGGCCGGUUCACUGCGCAGGUUUGGACCGACCGCGCGCCAUUUUGUGAAAAUUGACACAAAAUUCUUCACCAAAAUUACCAGAGGACACGAUUUCUCUUUCGCGUUCACGGCGGCCGGAUUACAGCGGUGCUGUCGCACACAUCGAACUGGUCGACGCGGAUUUUUCAGCGACCGCUUAGAAAUCUCGAGUUUGGUGCUCCGUUUAUUUAGCGGUUAGCUUCGCGCUAACCAGCGGAGCUAGCGGGCAGCUAAUGCUAAGGUUAGCUGGUAAGUUAUGCUUGCCAGUUAGCAUGUUGCUAGUCGUCAGCGAAUGGUAACGUCGGUCCAAGUUUCUCUUUUUUUUUGUCCAACGCCCACGGGAUGAAAAGGACAGUAAAUCUGACUGGCGAGUGGUAGAGUUUGCCGGUCCGGGGAAGCGGAUCUAACGUUCGGGUUCCUCGCUAACCGUGCAGGGAGGGGAGCAUCUCAAGCUGGAUACGUUUCCUCAUCAUACAGGUUAUUGGACUUUAAAUGAAGAUCGUGCCAUUAGAGUGGAUUGUGUUUUGCUGCUGGACUCUCCUUCCAGGAUGAUAUGAAAUUUUACAGGAGACGAUGCAUCCAGGAGGAGAGACUUCAGCAUGCAAACCUUCGUCCGUCCGGCUUGCGCCCUCUUUUUCUUUACACACUGCUGGUCUUCAGAUGGCUGCUCCAAUGCCCCAUACGCACCAGCAGUACAGUGACCGCCACCAGCCAAGCACUGACCAAUCUGUUACGGUCUUACCGUACAGCGACCAGACAUCACAGCUCACUGCCAAUCAGAGGCACAUGCCCCAGUGCUUUCGUGACCCAACUUCAGCUCCCCUGAGGAAGCUCUCCAUUGACCUUAUCAAAACAUAUAAACACAUCAAUGAGGUGUAUUAUGCAAAAAAGAAGCGGCGGCACCAACAGGGCCAGGGUGAAGACUCCAGUCACAAGAAGGAGAGAAAAGUCUUCAAUGAUGGCUAUGACGAUGAUAACUAUGACUACAUCGUCAAGAAUGGGGAGAAGUGGAUGGACCGAUAUGAGAUUGAUUCCUUGAUAGGAAAGGGAUCAUUCGGGCAGGUCGUCAAGGCGUAUGACCGUGCAGAGCAAGAAUGGGUUGCUAUCAAGAUCAUCAAGAACAAGAAGGCUUUCCUCAAUCAAGCCCAGAUUGAAGUGCGGCUCCUGGAGCUCAUGAACAAACAUGAUACCGAGAUGAAAUACUACAUUGUUCAUUUAAAGCGUCACUUCAUGUUUCGGAACCACCUCUGCCUUGUGUUUGAGAUGCUUUCAUACAACUUGUACGACCUGCUACGAAACACCAACUUCCGUGGCGUAUCCCUAAACCUCACCCGGAAGUUUGCCCAGCAGCUAUGCACAGCGCUGCUCUUCCUGGCCACGCCUGAGCUAAGCAUCAUCCACUGUGACCUGAAGCCUGAGAACAUCCUCCUCUGUAACCCGAAGAGGAGUGCCAUCAAAAUCGUGGACUUUGGUAGCUCUUGCCAACUCGGACAGAGGAUAUACCAAUACAUCCAGAGUCGCUUCUAUCGCUCUCCAGAAGUUCUACUGGGCAUGCCCUACGAUCUGGCCAUUGACAUGUGGUCCCUGGGUUGCAUCUUGGUGGAGAUGCACACUGGAGAGCCUCUUUUCAGUGGAGCAAAUGAGGUGGACCAGAUGAACAAAAUAGUCGAGGUUCUUGGGAUCCCUCCGAAUCAUAUAAUGGACCUAGCCCCAAAAGCCAGAAAGUUCUUUGAGAAGCUUUCAGAUGGUACAUGGAGUGUCAAGAAGACCAAAGAUGGCAAAAGGUAUAAACCUCCAGCUUCACGGAAGCUCCACUCCAUCCUGGGUGUGGAGACAGGGGGUCCAGGUGGCCGGCGUGCGGGGGAGUCUGGCCACGCUGUUGCUGACUACUUGAAGUUCAAGGACCUUAUCCUCCGGAUGCUGGACUAUGACCCGAAGAGCCGCAUCCAGCCCUACUAUGCCCUGCAGCACAGCUUCUUUAAGAAGACUGCGGAUGAGGGGACCAAUACGAGCAGCAGUGUGUCAACAAGCCCCGCGUUGGAGCAGUCCCAGUCUUCAGGAACCACGUCCAGCACCUCCUCUAGUUCAGGAGGGUCCUCUGGGACGAGUACGAGCGGCCGAGCGAGAUCUGACCCGACCCAUCACCACUUACACAGUGGAGGACACUUUGGCACCGCCCUGCCUGCCAUCGAUGGCGACAGUCUUUGCCCACAGGCACGGCAGCCUUACCCGCCCCCGCUGGUGUGGGGAGGCGGAGUUGGACCGGAGUCUGUCACCGGAGAGACCCAUCCAGUCCAGGAGACCACGUUCCAUGUUCCCCCUCAACACCCGAAGGCCCUGCAUCCCCACUCACAUACUCAUCACCACCACGGGCCGAUGAUGGCCACGCGGCCGCGCCCACGCCACUACACUUCCCCAACACACAGCUCCUCGACGCAGGACUCCAUGGAGGUGGUUCAUGGCCAUCUGUCUAUGACCUCCCUGUCUUCCUCUGCCUCCUCUUCCUCGACAUCGUCCUCUUCCACUGGGAACCAUGGCAACCAGGCCUACCAGCUCCGCCAUUUGCCCGCCGGAGCGCUUGACUUUGGUCAGAAUGGUGGGCUGAGCAUGGGGCUAGGUGCCUUUUCGAACCCACGGCAGGAGACUGGUAUGGCAGCGCACCCUGCUUUCUCCAUGGGCACGAACACGGGGCCAGCCCACUAUCUAGGGGAGGGCCACCUGGGCAUGAGGCAGGGCAUGGACCGGGAGGAGUCUCCAAUGACUGGAGUGUGUGUGCAGCAGAGUUCGAUGGCCAGCUCGUGACUGCACUGACAUUUGGCUGUGUGUUCCCCCUGUGCGUCAUUUUUAAGGUGGUGUUUUUUACUACAAGGUGUGUUGAGAAUAAAAGCUGCUCACGUCAGAAGGGAGAUAUCACUGAACCGCUACUACAGAGAAAAAAACCUUUGUUUAAAAAAGUAUAUAUGUAAUUUCCAUCCGUUUUUCUUUUGCAUCCAUUAGGCACAAAAUAAUACUGCGGAAUAACCAUAGUGAGAUUGAGACAUCCAUAUGACCAUUUCACCAGUUUCAUGUAAUCACCAUACGGUAUUCUGUGGCAAAAUCUUCGACGGUGCAUUUCAGAGGAAGGUGGGAAGGUAGCUGUUGGUGAGGAAAUGCUCGGCGUCCUGACGUUACUGUUCCACUGGUUCUUCAUUAUUUUGCCCUUUCAAGUGAAAUUUCACUCAAAGCUGCUUGUAAAUCCUGUAGCUCGACAACAAGGGGGAGUGUUAGCGGUGAUAUUUCUUGUCGUUGGUCGGUAUUGUGUCACUCUGUUAUAGGGGAACACAUGACAGUGGAGUCCCUAGGGCGUGUGCUGGCCCAGCAGGUGGAUACUGACACCCACGGGUCAGAGAGGAGGGAGGCACCACCCCCUCGGCCACCCACAGGCCAACGGGCCCAGUAGCCCUGCUACGCUGCGAGCGGGCCCGGCACAGACGAGAGCAGCGACGGGCUCCGGAGACGUACGCGGUCCGGCCCACCGAGAGGAAGACGGUCAGCGGCUGGUUCUAGAUAACCCUUUGGCCUUAUGACUCAUGGACUUGGAAUGGGAUGGAGCUGGACAUUAUCAUUUGAAUUAAGAUGGCUUUUCUCUAUUUUUCUCUCUAGACAGCCCUUAAUUCUUUAAGGAAAUUAAAACAUUUUAGAAAAAGGUAAAUACGAAUGGUAAUUUGAGGCCUUUCUCCACAAAGUUUUCUUCAGCAGGGCCCCACGUGACAGGGUCUUCUUGUACACAACAACCUCCUAAACAUGACUUCCUUGAGAACCUUGUUCACUGGUUAAGGAUUUUGCAGUGGAAAGAACUAUUCCAGAGUCGACCCUUUUUCUGUUUUUGGUUUUGCUUUCCCCCUUAUUGCAUGUAGUUCAUCAGAACCACCUGCACAAGUCUCUCCAUCCAAAACGUGGAAGAAAAAAAAAAUAAGUUAAGUGACUGCCUUUUUUCUCCUCAAAUUAUGCUGUGAAUUUUACAAGAAUUUAUUUUCCCUUUGGAUAUGUUUUUAUACCAAAGCAGUUGUUUUAUAGCAUAUAGGUGUCUGUAACCAAUAAUGUAGCAGUUCACCACUUUGACGCAAAGUUUAUUAAGAUCUUAUUUUAAACGUCAAUACAAACAGCUGCAAUAUAUUACUUAGCAAAACUGGAGAGCGUUGUUGAGAGCGUUGGCUAUCGUGUGCCCUGGCCAGAUUUGUUUUGACCAAAUUGUUUCCAUAUUAAUUGGUAGUUUCUUUUGGGAGUCUUUUAAAAACUUUUGGUAUGUUAGAGAAUUUGGUAGUUACUCUGCAGGCUCCGGAGUAGCAAGAUAGAAACGGAGGGUUUAAAAAACAAAGGAGACUAAUGUGUUCUAUUUCUGUGUUUUUAUUUUAAUUUUUCCUUUUUCCUUUUAUUUUUCUUUUGCCCCCACAUCAUACUAUUUCAAAGGGUUUUGCUGCCUUUCAUACACCAUUUGGUCAACUUGGCAAAGUCUCUGCCGUGAAAAAAUACUUUUUCAUUUUCCUGCCAGGAUAAGGAUAAAUGUGGCAAGCCGUUUGGUCCAAUGGUAUUGUUCCGAUUCGGGAAGGGCAGAUUGCCAUCGUUCUCGUCCGACUCGAGGGGAAAGUGUGUCCUUCAGCCCACAAUCUCAUACUUCGUCCAAGCAGACAUGCAUGAAUCGACCACCACAUUUUGUUUUGUUUUUUUUGUUUUUUUUUUUUUUGUUUCGAUCAGGGAUUUUGAAGUGCUUUCUUUCUUCUGUUUAUCAUUUUUUUACCAGCUUUGAAAUCAGAGAGAACAACCUGCCCACAGCCACCUGUCAAAUUGAGGGCAGGCCACAAGUCAUCCCGCUGUCAUUUCCUUUUAAACGGAGAAACCAUCAAACCCGAAUCCCGCUUGGUAUUUCCACAAACAUAAAUGUAAAGCUACCUAUAUUGAGAUUGGGGUUUUAUCUGGAUGUCAAGGUUAUUUGCAAAUUUGCAAUCAUUUUUCAUACCCCCACAGAAUUUGAGAUAAAAAAAUAUAUCUAUAUCUAUAUACAGCCAGUGUUUUUUUUCUUCUCCUUACUGGCUCUCACACUGGUACUAAACAUUCCAAAAAUAAAGACUGAAAAAUGAAAAAAAAAAUUGACUGCAGUGACUCGUAAGUGUGCGCCUAUUUCAGAUCAUGCUGAUUGACCUCUUAUUUAGAGCAGUUGUCAUGAAAUGCAGCCCCUUUUUAAUAGUUGAAAUAGAAUUUAUGUAUAUAUUUAUAUUUUUUUAAUAAAGGAAGUAUAGAACUCACUACCUUGCUCCUGCUGUUGAUUAUGUUUGUCAAUUUGGUGACCAUUCAGUGGGCAGGAACUCCUGUUUUCUUAGUGGCAAAACCUUGCCUGUAGGCAAAGGUACUUGACUACAUCAGGACAACACUAUGAGGUAGGGUUUGAAUCAAACAGGGAAAGCUAGAUCUUCAAACCUUAAUAAUUUUCACAGGGUAUAUUGUAAGUGCAUGUACAUCACAAACCUUACUUUUUUUGGUUCUAUGAGAAGCACAUGGUUGGGGGAAAAAAAAAGGUUCCAUUUUUCAUACGCCUGUUGAGUUUGUGGAUUAUACACAAACACUUGUUGACAUAUCUAAACACCAAACAGAAGUGGAUUUUUAUUGUUUUUAUUUAAUUUGGAUUUUUUUCCUUUUUUUUUUAUUUCACAUUUUUCACUUUUUUUGUACAUGCAACAUGCACUAUAGAAGUGAACAGCAUGGGGGAAAGGAUAAGUCCAUGUAUCCACAGAUUGUAAGAUCUAGUCAAGACUUUGCUGUGUUUAUGACAAUGCCCUUUGUAUUAUAUUAAGACAGUCUUAUGUAUGAUAUAUAAAAAGAAGUUAAUUGAA